CAAUCAGGGAGCGCCAUCAACAACGUCACUUCAACUGCAAUGAAUAAGAGGGUCUUCCGCUCACUACAUCAGCGAGUCCAUGGAGGUCAACCUUGAUGCUCAAGUAGUUAACAAUCCCCCGAAGACAGAUUCAACAAAUUAGAUUGUUGAGACGCAUGGUUUAAAAGAAAGAAAACAAGUUGAUCUCAAGAUGAAAAUUGAGAUAAACACCAAUUAAACAUCUCUAAAGAUAAUAAAGGUGACUUAUUGAGAGGACUUAUGCAACACUAAGGUCAAGCCUGAAAGGGAGGGACAAGAAGAAAGAACCGCACAAGAAUAUUCUGAUAGUUUAAGAGGCACAAUGGAAGGUGCAAAUAAUUUGUCGAGAUUGUCUAACUCAACGUCAUCGUUCAAUAACGGUAACUGGACAAGCUCGUUUUCGAUACCGUCUGAAGGAACACUGUUAACCAUAUUCAUUUUCCUUGUCCUUCUUGGACUUUUAAUAGUUGCUAUGAACUCCCUCGUAAUAGUGCUUGUUCAUAAGAACCGAUUUCUCCAAACUACGACGAACUAUUCGUUAGUCAGCCUCGCAUUAUCGGAUCUGCUAUGUGGACUUGUGGCGAUCCCGCUGAUCACCCUCUGUAACUACACACACGACAACUACGUGUGUACGGCCAUGGACUUGACAAGCAGGUUCCUUUGCCUCUCCACGAUUCUACAUUUGCUAAGCAUUGCGCUUGAGAGACAUAUCUUCAUUGUGUAUAAACUUAACACUGAGGUUGUUACACCUAUAAUUGUGUACCUACUUCUAUCGUGCAUUUGGUUGUUUUCCCUAGCGACUACUCUUGUACAACUGGUAUGGAUUGACGUCAAUGCGGUGAAUCUAACGAAACCUGGAAUGGCUUACACGGAGAUGAUCUACAAUGCUGUAUUCGUGUUCGUCCUGGUAAUGCUCCCAAUCCUUGCCAUUAUUUACUCUUACGCACGUAUUUACUUUGUGCUCCGAAAAACACACAAGACAAUCACAGAACAAGAAAACAGCGUCCAGUCAGAUAAAGUGAAAGUACGGCGUGCCCGUUUCAGACGCGUAAAAGAAAGGCGAGCUCUGUUUGUUUUUGUGGGAAUGUUUCUUAAUUACGCACUCGGUUGGUUUCACUACUUUAUCGGCGGACUCAACAGAGACAUCACGGAUGUUGGCGGAAGUCUAAUGCCCCCUGUGCCCUUUUGGUUGGAUGUUGUGUUUCUGUACGCAAGAUUCUUAACAUCUCUUAUCAACCCACUACUGUACACGUUCUUCAAAAUGGAUUUCAAGCAGGCAAUCCAGCCGUAUUUAAGAAAAAUGUGUUCUAGAGAGCGAUCUAGAGAGCGAGAUGAGGACACAGAGCCAAAAGCCUGGUGGAUGAGCUUGAGAAGGAUCUCUUUUGUAAGAAGUAGUCAAACGACGGAGACAAUUUUUCUUUAGCGAGACAAUCUUCGGUAAUAGAUCAAGGAGGCCCUGGUAGAACGGGACCUCGACUUGAGCUAGGGGAGGGGAUCUACCACCUAUAAAACAUCUAUAUUGCUGCAAUAACAAAACGCCACGAGAAUGGAAGAGUCUCAGGGAGGCCAUGCGGUUAUACAUCCUCGUUAUGCUAACCCGUGAACAAUGACUGAUGAGGUCGAGUCUAAGAUAUGGGGAGAGCGACAGCCCAGGGUAGUUGCGAACGGGUGAUCCCCGUUAGACUAAAUUCCGGGGGGGGAGGGAGGGGAUUGGCAGACUUAAAACAACUUAUACAAGAACUGGCUAUAAAAAAAAUACAAGAACUGGCUAUAAAAAAAAAAAACAGAAGCAACUAAUACAGAAAUACAUAAUUUAAUUAAAAGCUGUUGGUAUUCUUUAGAAAAGCUCUUAUUGCGUUAAAUAUUUCUGUAUUAUAAUCAAAACAGAUGAAAGCCGCAACCCUAUGUAAAAAAGAAUGUUUGUUUUCAUCAACAAAUAUGAAUUAGACUGAAAUGACUUUGAGCAACUAAUAUGAACUAGACUGAAAUGACUUUGAGCAACAAAUAUGAAUUAGACUGAAAUGACUUGGAGCAACAAAUAUGAAUUAGACUGAAAUGACUUUGAGCAACAAAUAUGAAUUAGACUGAAAUGACUUGGAGCAACAAAUAUGAAUUAGACUGAAAUGACUUGGAGCAACAAAUAUGAAUUAGACUAGAAUGACUUUGAGCAAUAAAUAUGAAUUAGACUGAAAUGAUAUUGAGCAACUAAUAUGAAUUAGACUGAAAUGACUUUGAGCAACAAAUAUGAAUUAGACUGAAAUGACUUUGAGCAACAAAUAUGAAUUACACUGAAAUGACUUUGAGCAACAAAUAUGAAUUAGACUGAAAUGACUUUGAGCAACAAAUAUGAAUUAGACUGAAAUGACUUUGAGCAACAAAUAUGAAUUAGACUGAAAUGACUUUGAGCAACAAAUAUGAAUUAGACUGAAAUGACUUUGAGCAACAAAUAUGAAUUAGACUAAAAUGACUUUGAGCAACUAGAAGGGCAGGCUAGUAGAUAGCGCUUAACGUCUUCCUUUCAAGCUCCACAAGCACAGAAAGGUAUUGAAGAGCAAUUUAUCGAACAUAAUGGCCAAUUUAGUGCACGGACUAAUUCUUAGGUAUGCUUUGUACUUGUACGAUAUUUGUUUCUUAUAUCUGUUCUUUUGCUAGCAAAUUUUGUUUAAUUAAAUAGAUAAAAAACAAGCAGAGUAGUAUACUAUAAAAUGAUAGUGCACGGACUAAUUCCUAGGUAUGCUUUGUACUUGUACGAUAUUUGUUUCGUAUAUCUGUUCUUUUGCUAGCAAAUUUUGUUUAAUUAAAUAGAUAAAAAACAAGCAGAGUAGUAUACUUUAAAAUAGUCAUAUACAGGGGCGAGACCCACAACCUCAAAAUAUGUUAUAUCCACUGAAGUAGCUGUCGGCCUGUUAAAGUGCAUCCGAAGGAAUAAAUGCGGUAUCCUCCAAAA